GAGCGGAGCGGAGCGCCCGGCUGGAGUUGGCGCUGGGCAGCCCGGCGGGGCUCAUGUCGACAACGGGCUGGCCCAGGUGGAAUAUUGGAAGUUUUCGUUUUUGGCUUGAGAAGCUUUUAAAAUUAUCUGGCCGUUUAUCGAAGCAUGGAUUUAUGAAAAAAAGAUUGUCCUUGGUAACAUAAUGCCAGCUGAGCGUAAAAAGUCAGCAAGUAUGGAAGAAAAAGAUUCGUUAUUGAACAACAAGGAGAAAGACUGCAGUGAGCGGCGGGCAGUGAGCUGCAGGGAGAAGCCCAGGGACGAGAUCAAGCUCACUGCCAAGAAAGAGCCUAGUAAGGUCCCCGAAGACAAAAAGAAGAAACUGGAAGAAGAGAAAAGGAAAAAGGAAGACAAGGAGCGCAAGAAGAAGGAAGAAGAAAAGGUGAAAGCAGAGGAGGAAUUAAAGAAAAAAGAGGAAGAAGAAAAAAAGAAACAUGAAGAGGAAGAGAGAAAACAGCAAGAAGAUGAGGCAAAACGGCAACAAGAAGAAGAAGCGGCCCAGCUGAAAGAGAAAGAAGAAUCCCUUCAGCUUCACCAGGAAGCUUGGGAGCGACAUCAGCUAAGGAAGGAACUUCGUAGCAGAAAUCAGAAUGCUCCGGACAACCGACCAGAGGAAAACUUCUUUAGCCGGCUAGACUCAAGCUUGAAGAAAAAUACUGCUUUUGUCAAGAAGCUGAAAACUAUCACAGAACAACAGAGAGACUCCUUGUCUCAUGACUUUAAUGGCCUGAAUUUAAGCAAGUACAUUGCUGAAGCUGUGGCUUCCAUUGUGGAAGCAAAGCUAAAAAUAUCCGACGUGAACUGUGCCGUGCACUUAUGCUCUCUCUUUCACCAGCGCUAUGCCGACUUUGCCCCAUCCCUUCUUCAGGUCUGGAAAAAGCAUUUUGAAGCGAGGAAAGAAGAGAAAACCCCUAACAUUACCAAGUUAAGAACUGAUUUGCGUUUCAUUGCAGAACUGACAAUAGUUGGGAUUUUCACUGACAAGGAAGGGCUUUCCUUAAUCUACGAACAGCUCAAAAAUAUUAUUAAUGCUGAUCGGGAAUCCCAUACUCACGUGUCUGUGGUGAUUAGUUUUUGCCGACAUUGUGGGGAUGAUAUUGCUGGACUCGUACCAAGGAAAGUCAAGAGUGCUGCAGAGAAGUUUAAUUUGAAUUUUCCUCCUAGCGAGAUAAUCAGUCCAGAGAAGCAGCAGCCUUUCCAGAAUCUUUUAAAGGAAUACUUUACGUCUUUGACCAAACAUCUGAAAAGGGACCACAGGGAGCUACAGAAUACUGAGAGACAAAACAGGCGUAUUCUACAUUCUAAAGGGGAACUAAGUGAAGAUAGGCACAAGCAGUAUGAGGAAUUUGCUAUGUCGUAUCAGAAGCUGCUUGCAAAUUCUCAGUCCUUAGCAGAUCUUUUGGAUGAAAAUAUGCCAGAUCUGCCCCAAGAUAAGCCAGCCCCGGAAGAGCAUGGACCUGGAAUCGAUAUCUUCACACCCGGGAAACCGGGGGAAUAUGACUUGGAAGGUGGUAUUUGGGAAGAUGAAGAUGCUCGGAAUUUCUAUGAGAACCUUAUUGAUUUGAAGGCUUUUGUUCCUGCCAUCUUGUUUAAAGAUAAUGAAAAGAGUUGUCAGAAUAAAGAGUCUAGCAAGGAGGAUUCUAAAGCAGAGGUGAAAGAACCAAAGGAUAAUAAGGAAGUAUCAAAUCCUGAUGAUUUGGAACUUGAGUUGGAGAACCUUGAAAUUAAUGAUGACACCUUGGAGUUAGAGGGUGGGGAGGAAGCUGAGGAUCUUACAAAGAAACUUCUCGAUGAGCAAGAACAAGAGGAUGAAGAAACCAGCACUGGGUCCCAUCUCAAGCUCAUUGUAGAUGCUUUCCUCCAGCAGCUGCCCAACUGUGUCAACCGAGAUCUCAUUGACAAGGCAGCAAUGGACUUUUGCAUGAACAUGAACACAAAAGCAAAUCGGAAGAAGCUGGUGCGGGCCCUCUUCAUAGUUCCCAGACAGAGGUUGGAUUUGCUACCAUUUUAUGCAAGAUUGGUUGCUACAUUGCAUCCCUGCAUGUCUGAUGUAGCAGAGGAUCUUUGUUCCAUGCUGAGGGGGGAUUUCAGAUUCCAUGUACGAAAAAAGGACCAGAUCAAUAUUGAAACAAAAAAUAAAACCGUUCGUUUUAUUGGAGAACUAACUAAGUUUAAGAUGUUCACCAAAAAUGAUACACUCCAUUGUUUAAAGAUGCUUCUAUCAGACUUUUCCCAUCACCACAUUGAAAUGGCAUGUACCCUAUUGGAAACAUGUGGAAGAUUUCUUUUCCGAUCUCCGGAAUCACACCUGAGGACCAGUGUACUUUUGGAACAAAUGAUGAGAAAGAAACAAGCAAUGCAUCUGGAUGCCAGGUAUGUCACGAUGGUGGAGAACGCGUAUUACUACUGCAACCCGCCCCCAGCCGAGAAGACGGUGAAAAGGAAAAGGCCCCCGCUGCAGGAGUAUGUCCGGAAACUGCUGUACAAGGAUCUCUCCAAGGUGACCACUGAAAAGGUUUUGAGACAGAUGCGCAAAUUACCCUGGCAGGACCAAGAAGUGAAAGACUAUGUCAUUUGUUGUAUGAUUAACAUCUGGAAUGUGAAAUAUAACAGCAUUCACUGUGUGGCCAACUUAUUAGCGGGAUUGGUGCUGUACCAGGAGGAUGUUGGAAUACACGUUGUGGACGGAGUUUUAGAAGAUAUUCGGUUAGGAAUGGAGGUUAAUCAACCUAAAUUUAAUCAGAGACGUAUCAGCAGUGCCAAGUUUCUAGGAGAACUUUAUAAUUAUCGAAUGGUGGAAUCAGCUGUGAUUUUUCGAACUCUUUAUUCAUUUACUUCUUUUGGCGUUAACUCUGAUGGCUCACCCAGCUCUCUAGACCCCCCGGAGCACCUCUUCAGAAUCCGACUAGUGUGCACGAUCUUGGAUACCUGUGGCCAGUACUUUGACAGAGGUUCCAGUAAACGAAAACUCGAUUGCUUCCUUGUGUAUUUUCAGCGUUAUGUUUGGUGGAAGAAAAGUUUGGAGGUUUGGACAAAAGAUCAUCCAUUCCCUAUUGACAUAGAUUACAUGAUCAGUGAUACUCUUGAGCUGCUAAGACCAAAGAUCAAACUGUGUAAUUCUCUGGAAGAAUCCAUCAGGCAGGUACAAGACUUGGAACGAGAAUUCUUAAUAAAACUAGGCCUUGUAAAUGAUAAAGAUUCCAAAGACUCUAUGACAGAAGGGGAGAACCUUGAAGACGAUGAAGAAGAAGAAGAAGGAGGCGCUGACAUGGAAGAACAAUCUGGAAAUGAAAGUGAAGUGAAUGAGCCCGAAGAAGAGGAGGGUUCUGAUAAUGAUGACGAUGAAGGAGAGGAAGAGGAGGAGGAGAAUACGGAUUAUCUUACAGAUUCCAAUAAGGAGAAUGAAACUGAUGAAGAAAACACGGAGGUAAUGAUUAAAGGAGGUGGACUUAAACACGUACCUUGUGUGGAAGAUGAGGACUUCAUUCAAGCUCUGGAUAAGAUGAUGCUGGAGAACCUUCAGCAACGAAGCGGUGAAUCUGUGAAAGUGCACCAGCUUGAUGUUGCUAUUCCAUUGCACCUCAAAAGCCAGCUGAGGAAAGGCCCCCCACUUGGUGGGGGGGAGGGAGAGGCUGAGUCUGCAGAUACGAUGCCGUUUGUCAUGUUAACAAGAAAAGGCAAUAAACAGCAGUUCAAGAUCCUUAAUGUCCCCAUGUCUUCCCAACUUGCUGCAAAUCACUGGAACCAACAACAGGCAGAGCAAGAGGAGAGGAUGCGAAUGAAGAAGCUCACGUUAGAUAUCAACGAGCGGCAGGAGCAGGAGGACUACCAAGAGAUGUUGCAGUCUCUUGCCCAGCGCCCAGCUCCAGCAAACACCAACCGGGAGCGGCGGCCUCGCUACCAACAUCCAAAGGGAGCACCUAAUGCGGAUCUGAUCUUUAAGACUGGUGGGAGGAGACGCUGAUCCGGCAGCGCGGCCAUUCCAUUAGGUCCUGUAUCUGAUGUGGGUAGUGGAGUCCUCCAGCAAUGGAACGAGAGCAGUGGACACAUCUCAGCAGGGCGCUCUAGAGAGUUGCGAAUCUAAACCUGGGACAGGCUGAGGCCAGGAGGCAGAACCAGCAGCCUCUGCCAACCCCGGAACAAGCCAACGCUUCCAGACAAGGCAGAAUGGCCUUUUGUAAUGGGAAUCUCGUGUGGGUUCAUCUUCUCUCGAGAACGGCAGUCAAGCAACGCGAUGGUUCCCUUGGCUACCGAGUGUCAAGGAGAUGCCUGAGUCGGAGGAGAAACAGUUGUGAUGGUAAUGGCAUGCGGGAAAUGAACUUGAGUUUAAGCCUGAUUUGAGUUACAGUGUCUCGGAACUGAACAUCCCAUGUUGGAAGAAGAUGCAUUUGGGGGCUCCAGGACGACAGUAGCAAAGCAUAGAGCAAGCAGUAAAAUCUUCUAGCCAAAACCUUACAUGCAGGACAGGAAAACGGUGAAAGCAAUCCACAUCCUAGCUGACCCGCAGGAAGGCUUCUGUUUAGGAAAUCAAUUUCAAGAGGAACCAGGGAUGAGGGAGAAAAAGAAAUCAGUUUUAUCUAUCAGAGUCAGUGAUACAGAAUCGCCUGUUUAAGGUAAAAGAAAAAUGUGAAGACAAUUAGAAAAGGAAAGAGCGGGAGCUGCGAUGCUUCAGGCAGUCUGAUGCCAGCCUGGGGACGGGGUAGUUGAGCCCAUUGUAAGUACCAUUGGGGGCCAGAGUGGGCCAGCCAGCAUGUCUGCCGCAGAGAAGGGACGAAGGGCACCGAGGCGCGGAUCCGAAGACUGUGUCGACCUUCAUGGUUUACAGCUGUCUCUAAACUAAGUAUGGAAACAGUAGAGCUUUUUAUUUUGCUUUUGUUUUUCUGUUUUUGUUUUGUUCCCCCUCGCCCCCCACCACGUAGAAAAGGGGGUUCUUGGUCUUUUUCUGGCACCCUGUUAAUUUAUUAGGAUAGCUGUCUUUGGUUUGCUUCCUGAUAGGCAUAGUUAACAUUUAGUUCAAAAGCGCACAUCCGUAGCCUACAACUUGAUCACAUCUAUUUUUGAUUUCUACCUAGCAGUUUUGCAUUUUUCUUUUACCAUGUUUCAGUUUCUGCAUGUAGAAUUAAAUAAGAAACAAAACCUGUAAAGUUGUAACAUUUCACAUGGAAAUGCUGCCCGAUCUUCACCAGCUUCAGAAAUCUGACCUUUGCCGAUGCUGCAAUAAAGUGUUGUAAUUUAGAUUUGGAA